CGGUGUUAUAUUUCGCUAUUGGUAUGGGAGCUAUUUCAUAAGACAAGGCAUUCCUGUUCGCAAUAUUUUCAUCUGCAUGCUCGAUUUAACUGGUGUGUUACAACCGAACGACAUGACAUCGUGUAGAACCGAGGGGUGAAUCCCCACAUUGAGACCGUGGUCAAAUGGGCACAUGUGCAACUGUUCCACUGUGCAGGGUACAUGGAUCCAUGAUUUGAAGUGUAGGCAGUUGAUUCACAUAGUCUACGGUACGUGUAGCGGAAACAAACGUCAGUAAUUCAGCAUCAUGCUGUUGAAAUAAAAGCUGAACAACAAACACUUGAGAAGUCUUUAGCAAAUUGAACACCAGUAUGGGAAAGAAGAAGAAGGGGACCAAGGAACCAUGCAAAAUUGACUUUAGUGGAAUACCUGCUCUGCCAACAUGGGAGCUGAGCUUAUACCUAGUUGUACAUGUUGGUGUGGUGAUCUACAUUUGUGCUUGUGUGUACUGGGCAUCAGUAGAACAUGACGGGCUACUGAACAUGUUUGAUUUUGAGGAUGGAUGGAAAAUUAUUGGAAGAGAUAAGGACAUUUCAAAUUAUGAGUGGCAUUUUUUCUAUAGCUAUUUCUGGAGAGUUAGUCCUUGGUAUGUAGGACAUAUGGCCUUAGCAAAAAUCUGUGACUGGAACUUUCUACAUUACAAGAAGUUGGUGUUGACGGCGUUUUCCCUGGGAAGUCUGACAUUUCUGAUGGGAUGGCCGGUUAUCUCAUUGUUCCUAGGACACUGUGCAUUGCUGUAUCUCACUUCACUCCUCCAGUCCACUACAGCUGUGUGGACUGUCUCCAUCACGCUGCUCUCUACACUCAACUUUGAACCAUUUGUUUCUUGGAUGAAAGCAUUAAAUACUCAUGAUAUAGAUGGCUACAAGAUCUACCUAUUAAUGUUCACCCUGGCCCUGCUGCAGCUUAGAUACACCAGUUUCUGCCUUGAGAAGGUCAAAAGGUCAAAUACACAGACAGAUACCAAUAACACAGAUCUGAUUGGAGAACAUGAGAAAUCACACAUAACAUUAAGAUAUGGACCAGUAGAUAUGGUGUUUUAUGUAUUCUACUUUCCACUGUUUUUCACAGGACCAAUCAUGUCUUAUGGUGUGUUCUCCUCUCAGAUAUGCCAACAGAGGAAGUCAUGGACUUGGACAAGGGUUACCUCCCUUUGUACAGACUUCUUUCGUCUAUUAUUUUGGGCCUUCAUCAAUGAAUUAUGCCUUCAUUACUUCUACUUCAAUGCUCUACAGCACAACUCAACUAUAAUGCAAGAGAUCAAUUUAUGGACAAUGGCUGGUAUUGGAUAUUGUAGCGGUCAAUUCUUCAUGACAAAGUACACUGUUAUGUUUGGACUUCCCUCCAUUGUGGCCAAAACUGACGACCUUGAACCACCUAAGGGUCCAAAAUGUAUUUCCUAUAUAUACCUGUAUACUGAUAUGUGGAAGUAUUUUGACCGUGGCAUGUAUGAUUUCAUGAAAAGAUAUAUCUACGUGCCGCUAGGGGGCUCUCGAGGGGGAAUGGUGCGACAGUUUGCUGGGUCUAUAUUGUGUUUUACUUUUGUGUACUACUGGCAUGGGUCAGAGUACUAUGCAUUUCUGUGGACUGUGUUCAACUUCAUAGGAGUCACCAUAGAGGCUCUAGGAGGAAAAUUCAUACGAUUGUCUAUGGUCAAGGACAUUCAGACGAGAUACCUUACCCCUGGAGGAGUGAGACGAGUCCAGGCCCUUGCUAUUGUUCCUCUGUACGUCAUGUCAGCCUUCACUGCCUUCUGCUUCUUCGGUGGUAGCCUGGUGGGAUACACAUUUUACCAAAGAUUCAUUUAUAAUGGAGGACCAGAGAACUGGGCGACAGUGUUCGGGAUUCUUUACUGCUGCAUACAGGUUGGGAUGGAGGUCAAGAGACAGGAACAAAGAUGUCAACAUACCAAGCAGGACUGAAGAUGAUAUAAUACACUUCACACUGUCACAUCCUCAUGCUACAUCUGCAUUGAGAGAAACUUUUCAUUUUCUGUUCUGAUGUAUACUGCAAAAGCAGUGUCAUAAGUCUUCAAAGAUAUUGGUCAUGUUACCCUGAAUUUCUAAUAUAUUUUCUGUUACUAUAGCAUGUUUGUAUCAUGUGAUUACAUUUAAUAGUACAUUUCUGUAUCAUAUGAUCACAGAUAAUGUCACAUGCAAGUACCUAGUAACAUAUGAUUAUAGUUACUGUGGCAUAUCAGUAUUGUGUGUUAAUACUUAAUGUUACAUGUUUGUACGGUGUGAUCACACUUAAUGUUACAUGUUUGUAUGGUGUGAUCACACUUAAUGUUACAUGUUUGUACGAUGUGAUCACACUUAAUGUUACAUGUCUGUACGGUGUGAUCACACUUAAUGUUACAUGUCUGUACGGUGUGAUCACACUUAAUGUUACAUGUCUGUACGGUGUAAUCACACUUCUUGUUACAUGUCUGUACGGUGUGAUCACACUUAAUGUUACAUGUUUGUACUGUAUGAUAACACUUAUUGUUACAUGUCUGUACUGUGUGAUCACACUUAAUGUUACAUGUCUGUACGGUGUGAUCACCCUUAAUGUUACAUGUCUGUACUGUGUGAUCACACUUAAUGUUACAUGUCUGUACGGUGUGAUCACACUUCGUGUUACAUGUCUGUACUGUGUGAUCACACUUAAUGUUACAUGUCUGUACGGUGUGAUCACACUUCGUGUUACAUGUCUGUACUGUGUGAUCACACUUAAUGUUACAUGUUUGUACUGUAUGAUAACACUUAUUGUUACAUGUCUGUACGGUGUGAUCACACUUAAUGUUACAUGUUUGUA